UUUUUUUUUUUUUUCUCCUUCCUUUUCGGAUCUGAACGAUGCCCGUCCGUAGAUCUUCUGUCGCUUUUCCCAAAUGCUCACUUCUGGUGUCGCUGAGGAUUUUGCUUCUUGUGCUUCACGCAGGGUCUCCGGUCUACAGCCAGGGGGAUUCUCAGUCCGACAACAAAGUGAUGGACAACAUCACUGUCCGACAAGGAGAGACGGUCUUCCUCAGGUGCGAACAGGGAGACGUUGUGACACACACAGCAUGGCUGAACCGCUCCAGUAUACUUUAUGCCGGAGAAGACAAAUGGUCAGUUGAUCCCAGAGUGAGUCUGGUGACCCUUAACCAGGAGGAGUUUACCAUUAAGAUUGAAAAUGUGGACAUGACGGAUGAAGGACAGUAUGUGUGCGCAGUCCAGACAAGCAGAAGGCCGAGAACAACCUCAGUGCAUGUUCUUGUCCAAGUGCCUCCAAAAAUCAUCAACUUUUCAAGGGACAUUGUGGUAAACGAGGGAUCUAACGUCACCCUGAUGUGUCAGGCCAGCGGUAAACCAGAGCCGUCCAUCAGCUGGAAAUUCAUCUCCAGUUCAGGGGACCUGGCUUCAGACGACGAGCUGCUGGAAAUCUCAUCCAUCUCCAGACAGAGAGCCGGGGUUUACGAAUGCACGGCCGUCAAUGAUAUCGACACGGACGUUCAGACUGUAGACAUCACUGUCAACUACGCUCCAAGCGUGUCAGAGGGCAGAGAUGCUGGAGUGACUCCGGGUCAGAGAGGAGUGCUGGAGUGCGAGGCCGAUGCAGUGCCAGAGGCAGAUUUCGAGUGGUAUAAAGACAACAGAAGGAUCUUUAAUGGCUUUGAUGGCAUGGAUAUCAUCAACACAGGAUCCUUGUCAAAGCUGACCUUUUAUAACGUGUCUGAUGGUGAUUACGGGAACUACACAUGUGUUGCCAUCAACAAACUAGGCAGUUCAAACACAAACUUCCUUUUGUAUGUGGUAAUUGAACCCACUAGCUCGACACUACUGCAAGGACCGAGAGCAGUUCAGGACGGCAGUGGCGGUGUGAAGACAGCGCACUUUCACACCUGUCUCCUCUUCAUAGCAUUUUUGCCCUUCCUGCUACGCUUUUGAAGAGAAUUGGAUUUGAAAACAAUUGGUUUGUUUGCAAGCCUGUGAGUGAGUGUGUGAGUGUGUGUGUGCGUGUGCGUGCGUGUAGGGGUGUGCGUGUGCAUGUGUGCGCGUGCAUUUUUUUUCUCCCACGGAAACAUAAACUGAUGCACAAUGAAGUAUCUUGUAAAGCACUGAUUUUGACCUUCUUAAGUUUUGGUUGUCUUUCUUUCCUCUUUCAACUGAACACUUUCAAUAUUUUUGUCUAAAUUAUA